CUCACCUUUGCUUUCGGAUGUCAAAGUCAUUGUGUUACUCUUAAAGAGCCUGAUACACCAAAGCCAAUUUCAAACCGAGCACCAGAACAGCCAUCCAUGUCCACCCAAAGAGCCCUCUGGUUCGUCGCCAGCAAAGCCAGCAAAAAGCCUUCACCACAAGGCACCCAAGGCGGCACCAUCUACAUCCACUGCCACGUCAAGCCAGGCGCGAGCAAAAACCGCGAAGGCGUAACCUCCAUAACCGACGAAGCAGUCGAGAUAUGUGUUGCCGCGCAGGCGAAAGAGGGAGAGGCAAAUAAGGCUGUUGUCAAGGUUCUGAGUGAGGCUCUCAAUCUCCCCAAGUCCAACCUCGAGAUCACUCAGGGUCUCAAGUCCAGGGCCAAGACCAUUGCUGUUGCUGCCCCUGGGUCAUGGGUUGGUGGUAGUGGCGGCGAGGCGGAGUGUCUUGAGAGGGUGAAGACGCAUUUGAACAAGGCGACCGAGGCGUGAUGUUGUGGUCAGAUGAUGCCCUCGAGACAGCUAGUGCCAUUUGGAUGAUCGUACCAUCGGCGACAUGGUUCUGUAUGUUCCUGCUCAAUUUCGUGGAGCAAGGGUAUACCAUCUCCAAGGACCAAAAGUCGUCCGGUUGACCCCUAUCGAUACGAAACCAGUUGCGCGCAUCUCUAUCCUUUCUUCGCCAUGGGUAUCGAUAUCAUAUCCUCAUUACUCAUAACAUGCGUCAAUCUCUGGAUCGCAACAUCGUCGUCUUCACCUCAAGCCUUUCCCUCCAACUCGCCCGUUCGAUGUACUCCUAGUAAUAGCACCGCGGCUUGUCGUUCGAGAACUGGGCGUAACACCACGACCAACACCUCUUCCACUCGUGCCUCUUGUCGUUCCGGACGGUGCGGGCACCCUCGACUGUCUUGGGGCAGGUGUCUUGGGCGCCACCAAUGGUUUUCGCGGUGUAGGGCCGGAGAUGUUGGAAGUGGGGUUAUCGACGAAGGAGGUAUCGGUGGUCCUGCACGCAAGAGAAACAGAUGUCAGCAAGAAUGGCCUUGUGGAAAAGGAAGAUAAGUACGGUAUGCAGGAAAACAAACAUAAACGUAGUCUCCCC